AAAUAUAUGUUUCUUAAUAUAAUAUGAACUUAAAUAUAUUUUGAAAAAAGCUAAGUUAUAUUAACCCGAAAUAAUGAUACGACCCGUAGUGCUAUUUAAUGUUGAUACAUUAACAGUACGAAAAUUAAUUGGUUACGAUCAUUUAAUAUAUAAUGGGCCUUGUAUUCAGUGUGUAAGAUGGAAAAGAAAACCAAUUUGGUUACCGACAGCAAAAUCUAAGAUGUUUAGAGUACCAGAAAGAAAAGUCAUACCUACAGAAGAAGAGCUUGAGCUUAAGCGUUUGCAUAAUAAUUAUAGAACUUUAAUGAAGUCUUUACUAAAUUUUUUCAUUGAAAAAGAAAAAAAGAGACAAAUAGAUAUGAGUGAAUCUGUUUUAAAAGCGAAGGCAUUACAAGAUUUUGAAAUAUGUUCUCAUAUAAAUGAAAAUUGGAAUAAACAUGUAGCUGCAUUACGAGAACAAAGACUUGCAAAAGAAAGAAAAAAUCGUAAAGAAGAAAUCAUUAUGAAAAAAGAAACAAAGAAGCAAAGAGAUUUAGAAAUACAAGAAAAAGUAGAUUCAGAAAUUAGAAAAGCAAAAGAAGAAGCUCAAACAUUUAUUACAUCUGAAAAUAUAGAUGAGGCUAUUUCAAAUGCACUAGCAAAUCUCAUAGAUCAUAAUAGUGCAAUUGAUCUAAAAGGUAAUUUUUAUAAAGGUGAAGUAUCUCCUACAUCUGAUUUAAAAUAA